AUGAACAAAAACGAGUGGGCCGAUAGGAAAUAUGUAUUGGAAUAUGUUAAACAAAAUGGAUAUGCACUUAAAUAUGCUGAUUCAUCUUUGAAAAAAGAUAGAGAAAUUGUAUUGGAAGCUGUUAAACAACAUGGAUUGGCACUUGAAUAUGCUGAUUUAUCAUUUAAAAAAGAUAGAGAAAUUGUAUUGGAAUCCGUUAAACGACGUGGAUAUGCAAUUGAAUAUGCUGAUUCAUCAUUUAAAAAAGAUAGAGAAUUUAUAUUGGAAGCUGUUAAACAAAAUGGAUGGGCACUUCAAUAUGCUGAUUCAUCAUUUAAAAAAGAUAGAGAAAUUGUAUUGGAAGCUGUUAAACAAAAUGGAGAAAUUAUAUUGGAAGCUGUUAAACAAAAUGGAUGGGCACUUGAAUAUGCUGAUUCAUCAUUUAAAAAAGAUAGAGAAAUUAUAUUGGAAGCUGUUAAACAAAAUGAAUUGGCACUUAAAUAUGCUGAUUCAUCAUUUAAAAAAGAUAGAGAAUUUAUAUUGGAAGCUGUUAAACAAAAUGGAUAUGCACUUAAAUAUGCUGAUUCAUCAUUUAAAAAAGAUAGAGAAUUUAUAUUGGAAGCUGUUAAACAAGAUGGGUAUGCACUUAAAUAUGCUGAUUCAUCAUUUCUAAAAGAUAGAGAAUUUAUAUUGGAAGCUGUUAAGCAACAUGGACGAGCACUUCAAUAUGCUGAUUUAUCAUUUAAAAAAGAUAGAGAAAUUAUAUUGGAAGCUGUUAAACAAAAUGUACGAGCACUUGAAUAUGCUGAUUCAUCAUUUAAAAAAGAUAGAGAAAUUAUAUUGGAAGCUGUUAAACAAAAUGGAUUGGCACUUGAAUAUGCUGAUUCAUCAUUUAAAAAAGAUAGAGAAUUUAUAUUGGAAGCUGUUAAACAAAAUGGGUUGGCACUUGAAUAUGCUGAUUCAUCAUUUAAAAACGAUAGAGAAAUUAUAUUGGAAGCUGUUAAACAAAAUGGAUUGGCACUUGAAUAUGCUGAUUCAUCAUUUAAAAAAGAUAGAGAAAUUAUAUUGGAAGCUGUUAAACAAAAUGUACGAGCACUUGAAUAUGCUGAUUCAUUAUUGAAAAAAGAUAGAGAAUUUAUAUUGGAAACUGUUAAACAACAUGGAUCAACACUUAGAUAUGCUGAUUCAUCAUUUAAAAAAGAUAGAGAAGUUGUUUCGGAAGCUGUUAAACAAGAUAUAUUGGCACUUAAAUAUCUGAGAGGAGAUUUAUCAAAAGUAUUCAAGGCUCUCAAUUAUUUCUAUAAUUAUUUCAAAUAUAAUUAUGAUUUUAUUUCAGUAUUAGGAUAUGGAGGUGAAGGUGUUGCAUUCAAAGUAUUUCACAAAAGUAGUAAAUCAUUAAGGGCGUUAAAAUUAAAAUAUAAUCCAGAGGAAUCUGAAGAAUCAACAAAAGAAACCAUUAAUUUAUUGAAAAGAACAGAUAUUGAAGGAAAGAUCAAAUGUUUUGAUUGUGAAAUUAUUCAAAAUCAUUUGUAUACAGUGAUGGAACUUGGAGAGGAAUCAUUAUCAAAUUAUAUUUAUAGAAAUAAUCAAGAUGGAAUUUAUAGAAAUGGAUUCAUUAAUAAGGAAAAGUUGAUUGAAAUUCUUGAUAUAUUUAUCAAAGUAUUGAACUCAGUUCAAUCAAUUCAUGAUCACAAUAUUUUACACAGAGAUUUAGAUCCUCAAAAUAUUGUCAAAGUUCAAGAUCUAUACAAAAUUAUUGAUUUUGAAACAUCAAGAGUUAUCAAGACAGGUAAUUCAAUUACAAUUGCUCGUGGAAAGUUUGCAUACAUGUCUCCUGAAGUUUCACAUGAUAAUUAUUCUGAUGAUUUAUUGAAAAGUGAUGACAAUGAAAAGCUUGCUCACAAUGUUGGACAAAUUACCAUUUCGUGUGAUAUAUUUUCAUUGGGAUGUAUUUUAUUGAAAUUAUUGACCAAUUGUCCUUUGCAAUUGUGUGAAAGAUUUGUUAAUGAUUCAGAUGUCUCGAAAUAUAAUGAUAAUUAUCCAUAUUUUAGUGGUCAUGGAAAAUAUUUCUAUACAGUUAUAACAACAACAGAGGGAGAAAUGAAAUUACAUUAUGCAAUUGAAAAACUAAUCAAUGAAUCAAUUAAUCCAGAUUUAGGAGUGAAUAACAUAUUAAUUAGAAGCAUUAUUAGCAUGAUUCAAAGAGAUUCAUCAAAAAGAUUGGAUUGUUAUUCUCACAAGUUAACAAUUGAGAAUAUUUUGAAAUACUUGAAAGGUGAGAUCAAAGAUAUCACUUUGAAUAUUGAAAAGGAAAUUGCAGAAUUGAAGAAAAUCUCACCAUUAAGAAGUUACUCUCAACUGGCAGAGGAAGUUGAUAAACUUUCGGAUGAAAAUACCAACCUAUUAGAGGAUGUUGACAAACUUGCAGAGGAAAACACCAACCUUUCAAUGGAAAAUAGCAACCUAUUAGAAAGAAUUAAAAUGUUGGAAGAAGAAAUAAGAAAACUCAAACAAUAA